AUGCACAGCCUGAUCAAGCUCAACGGAAAACGAGGCGAGAAGGGUUUUGGGUGGUCGUGUAUAGCUGAUGGAUGCUCAUACACGCUUGUUGGGAACCCCGCUACGUCCCGCGUGUUUCCUCACUCGUCCACCUGUGACCACCUUGCCCGUUCACAUCCCGAGUUGUACGCGAAGGCUGGUGGAGCGUCCGGGGCACGAUCCUUGGCACGUCAACUGCAGAGUAUCCCUCGCAAGCGGGCGAAGCAUGGCGAGUCGACCGCCAAAGGGUCAUCGACGUCUUCCAAGGCGGUCGCGAAGUCAGGAACGCUCGAUGCAUUUGUUACCGGGCCGCGCUCGGACAUGCCGAAGCGCAAGGAGCUGCUCAACUUGCAGGGGAACCAUCUCAUCAUGCGUCUCAUCUGCUGCUGUGGACUAAUUCCAAACAUCGUUGAUACGAAGGAGUGGAUCAGUUUCGUGACACUCCUGAAUCCUAUGUUCACCCCAGCCUCGUCGAGCAAGUUCACGCGGGAUAUCAUCCCGGCCGAGGCGGAUUUCAUUCGUGCCGAGAACAUCAAGAUGCUCCGUCAAUGCCAGAAUAUAACAAUCUCGUUUGACGGUGGUGACACUCGGCGCGACUCCAUCUACCAUGUUCACGCUACGACCCCAAACCGUGAGGUCGUCUAUCUCACCGGCCACGUGGGCUCGGACGAGCAUCACACCGCAGAUUGGGUGUUGUCGAAGAUCCUUGCAUCUAUUGACAGCAUUGACCGGGGUCUAGUCGCUGCAGUUGUCUCAGACAGCACGGCCGUCACACUGAAAACCCGUGGUGACCUUGUAAAGCGUGUUCCAACCGUCUUCAACCUUUGUGAUUGCAUCCACCACACCCACAGCAUCAUCCGGGAUAUCACCAAGUUGGCCAUUUUCGUGGAGGUGAGCUCGACCAUGCUCAAGAAGAUCCUUGCUUACUUCUCUCGAUCUCGUCUGGCGUCAGCUCUCUUGCGCAAGCAUGUAGCAGAUGAGCCCAAACUUCUCGGUCUGCAGCAGAUUGGCAAGACUCGGUUUGGAGGUCACUACUCCGGUGCGACGUCGCUUCUACCUUGUCUCGACAAGAUUCAGGCGCUUGUCAAGGCAAAGCAUAUCAAAUUCAAGCAACGCGAUAUUCAAGAUAUGUUUGCCACUGCCUACAGCGCUACCCUUCUGGAUUUCCGUCGGAUGCUCACUGUCUACACCACCAUCAUUCAACCCCUCAUUCGAUCGCUCUGGGCUCUCGAAUCGGUUCACACCAAUGUAUCUGACGUCUGGGUCUUCUUCAUGGCUUGCGCCGCCCAACUUCGGGACCUCUUCAGCAAGGGACACAAUGAGACGGGAAUCCCACGCGACCUCGCCAACCUUGUCAUCACCGCAUUCAACAACCGAUACGAUGACUUCUUUGUGAACCAGGAUAUCUACUUCGCCGGGUUCUGUCUCGAUUCUCGUUACCCAGUACGGUCCGACGCCAUCCUUAUCAGCCCACUGGAGCCGACAAACAUUGUGAUACCGGCCUCCGACGCCGACCUCACAAUUCCUCAUCCGCGUGCGUAUGCUCGCCUGAAAGCCUUCUGCAAGGACGCGUUCAGGCGGAUCGUUGAACGCUCGAAAGAGCACCCUUCCGAGCCCGCUGCACUGCACAUCAAGCAUGCUGGAGGUCGAAAAGCUGCAACCAAAGCUUUGCGAUCUCAACUCGAGUGCUAUUGGCGCCAGCAAUACCCCUUCAAUACUCCGGCCUUUGACGUCGCCCCGCUUGAUUAUUGGCAACCUCUCAUGAAUCAUCCGCAUGCGAACGUGCUUGCACUUAUUGUGGUGAAGCUGUUCUCAAUCCUCGCCAACUCCAUGCCGGACGAGCGCACAGGCUCCAACUUCACACGACUCAACACCCCGCUCCGAGGCAAACAAACGGCUCAAACUCUGAUCAACAUGGUGCAGGUUGGUCAGCACUGGACUGCAAAGGUGUGUCUCUCUGAUGUGAACCCACGGGCCGCGAACGCAAAUAUCUCAACUGAUGGUAACAUCGGAACAGAGAAAGGCCGAGGAGUUGGCCCAGUCUGGGAUCCCGAAUCCUGCCCCACAGUCACGAUCGCUUCGAGUCACAUUCCGUGA